AUGCCUAAACGGCUUACUCAGGACCAAAAACUGGCCGUGACUGCAGCUUUGUUUCGUCAAGAGCCAUAUCCAAAGAUCGCUGCCACUCACGGAGUAUCAGAACGACGACUGCGGGGGAUUUCUCUCUGCCUGAGAACAUGGGGAACGACUCAUCCCCCGAGGAUGAAGCAGAUGGGGAGGCCAAAGGCUAUCACAACUGAGAUUCAGGAGGGCCUUCGUGAAUACGUCAAUUCUCGACCCCUUUCCAGUCUUCAAGAUAUGCAAUACCAUAUACAGAAGACCUUUAAUGCGAAAUGCAGUUUCCGGUCAAUUUCACUGUGCUUGAAAGAUAUGGGGUACAUCCGUACCAUCGUCCAGCGGGGGAACAGGUCUCUUGAGAAGGACAACCUUCCAUCGCUGUCGGAUCCUGACAAGCUGCGCAUUCAGAGUGAUCCAGCUGCAGCAAAGCUUUUGGACAAACCCAAGCGCGAGUCUCACCAAGCCGCUACCAAGAAGUCUGCAUCUGCGAAGAAAGCCAGAAGAGGUGUGAGCGCCGGACGGCGAUCUCAAGAACUGUCAGAUGACGAGCGGGACGAGGAGGAAAGUCUCGACGUCUUGCUUAAUGGGGACAUCUCCGCUGCUGCACUAAUACCGGCCGUUGCCCCAGCUCUUCCAAGUUUCCCACUGGCAGCAUCUCAAUCAGUGGGCUGA